GACUCUCUGGAGGGCGAAGUUUUACUGUCGCUUCUGGGCGGGAAAGGCCACUAUGUCAAAAAGAAUCUUACUACCUUCUAUCCCAUCACUGGAAUCAACAGCUAGUAGAAGUAAUCAGAGUUCAAGUGAAGAAUCUUCUAAUGGGAAAAAUUCUCCUUCAAUAAAUGAAUUAAGAAGCAGACUGACUAGCGUGGCUCCAAAACAGAUGGUACCAAAUCCGGAAGCUCUGAAGUUUGAACAUAAUACAAAAUCUCAAGAAAGAACUAGAAAGCGGCAGCAGCCUAUAAAGCUAGAACCUUUACCUGCCUUAAAAACAUAUCAGCACCAAAAACAACCUGAAUAUAUAUACCAGAAAAACAGGGAAAAAUUGUUAGCAGCUGGAGUAUUAAAGCCUACAACUUCAGCAGAGAAAAGAAAAUGGCCUAGUACGGUGGAGGCAAUUUCCUCUGAACUCCAUGAAGAACUGAAAGAAAGACAGUUGCUGAGUGCUAUGGUACGAAUUCCAACUCCUCCUAAACAACCACGUAGUGCAUUAAAGACAAGUGCUUGCAAACCCAGUUCGACUCCACCUUUACGUACAUUUAGUGAUCCAGAAGAAGUAAUUAAAGCUAAUAUUACGGAGCCUCUACAGAUUAUAAGAAUAAUAUGUGAAAACAAAAACCUAGGAUUUCUGUACUUGACUCCCGCAGUGCCUAAAUCAUCAAUUGAGUAUGACUCAUAUAACCUGAAAAUUGUAAGCUAUGACUGCAUUAACAAAAAUGACUACUACACUAUUAGUCCACAAGCAGUUAUUCAUACAUGUAAUGGAGAAGUUGAAUACCUGGAACUUGAACGUUGGGAGCAAGAAUAUGUCUAUCAUAGGGCACUUGUCAAAAUUACUAUAUUUGCUAUAUUUCGCAAAUGGAAGUCAUUUAAUGUAUGGAGGAAGAACGUCCGCUGCAAAAAGAUCAAUUCAUGUCGCCGAGCUUUACAGAAGAAUUUAUUUAUCGUUAAUGCUUGUUUGAGACCAGCAAUUCUAAACAUCCAAGAAAUGUGUUAUCGAAUUGGUGACAUGGUGCUUUGUCAAGUUGAAAAGGGCUAUAUAUAUACAUUGAUAGAGUUUAAAGGUACUCAGUUCAGUCAGCUGAAAGAUGUGGCAUCUCGUUUGUCAGAAUUCAGAGAAUUAGCCAAAGAAGUGGUUAGAGGUGCAUGUCGAACUGCAUUGCUUGAAACUGGUUUCACUCCUGAUGAUUAUUUUUACAGUGUUGAGAGUACAGAACAGGUAACAAUGGCAACAAGAAAAGAAGCUGUGAUAGGAACCACUGUUCCUCGUGUUGAGAAAGACUUGUAUGUCGAACAACCUGAAAGAAUGACAUACACAGAACAGGCCAAUAAAAGGGCUCAGUGUGGAAGGCUAACAUGCUUUAUUCGUCUUGCUGAUUAUCUUAUAGUAAAUACUAUGCACAUCUUGGCAGUUAAAUCUGUUGCUGCUCUUUUGCGUUAUCUUACUGAUAAGUUGAAGAAGACACCACUUGCAGAAAUUAUCCAGACAUGGAAUACAGAUGCAGUAGCACCUGAAGUUGUGGAAAAGAAGGGAACUGCUUCAGUGAUUAUAGAGGAAGAGGAGGCAUCCAUUCCAAUGUUUCUUGUAGAGCUAAUUUUAGAGAUCCAUGCAUUGCUGUUUGAACCAACUAUGGAAGAGUUCCAGGAUACCAUGGCAGACAUUGUGUCUCAGUUUCAAGCAACUGUGUUAUCUGUUGCAAACCUUGUUCCCGAUCAAUAUUUUGAUGCCUUCACUCGUCCUGUUAUUAACAACAAAAUUGAAGAAAAAACAUGUGGUGAAGGACCAAGCUUAUCAACAAUGUUUAAAGAUGAUAAACAUCUUCAAAAUAUUAUCCUACAAAUAAAGGAAACAAUUGAUUCAGCAUUUGACGCAGCAAAUAUAUAUGCAGCUACUUUUGAAAAGUUUCGAUUGUUUUUCAGAGAAAAUGAAAGCCUUGAUUUGAAAGCUCUAAAGAAAGAAGAACCUGAUGUUAAAUUUUUUGCUGAACAACUGGAGAAAUAUCACAGACAACACAAAGAAGCUUUGGCAAUAAAACAAAAGAGGCCACUAGGUUUGUUCCUCAUAGACGCGAAAAAGUUGAAAGACAAACUAACUCCAUCACCAAAGCGCUGUUUGGAGGUUAUUAAUGAAAUGCUUCCUGUAAUUGCAAAGAAAAAAGUGAACACCAUCCUUGCUGAGGCAAAUGAUGCUAAAUUUAAACUUGAGUUUCUGCCAUAUACAACUACUGAAUAUGUGGUGACCUUGACAUUCCUUGAUGAAAUACAAGAUAGGAUUGAAAUUCUUGACGAUGAAUCAAAAGUGGUUUCUAAGAUGUAUCAGCUUAUUGAACAGUAUAUUAUACCAACUCCCCCUGAAGACUUUGCUUUGUUUUCAAGUUUGAAGCCAACUAUUGUUGCUGUUCGUAAUGCAAUUGAUAAAUCUGUGGGUGAAAGAGAUGCCAGCAUUAUUAAAUUCUGCCAGCUUCUAGAUGAAGAUGUUCAUGAUCUAAAUGAAGAAGUUAAAGAAGUUAGACUUCUAGCACAGGAUCCUCAGAUUCUGGACGCAGAUGCUGAUCAAGAGAGAAUAAAAAUAGUUCUAAGCGAGUUGCAAGCCGUUCUUGAUGAAAUACAAAAACGGGCAUUCCAGUAUAAAUCCUAUCAGAAGAACUUCAAGGUGGAUAUAACAAAAUUUGAUACUUUGGAGGAAGUUUGUGCAGAGUUAAAGUUGAAACAACUGUUGUGGGAUUCUCUUUCUGAAUGGUCAGUACUUGAGGAAGACUGGAUGGAGUCUAAAUUUGAUAGCUUGGAUCCAGAAUUGCUGAAUGGUCAAGUUUCCAAAUAUGCUAAAUUUGUAAAUCAGCUGGAAAAAGGCUUGCCGCCUAAUAAUGUUGUCCCACAACUGAAGGAGAAAGUGGAGAAGAUGAAAGAAAAGCUUCCAGUGAUCACAGAUCUUAGAAAUCCUUUUUUGAAACCCAGACACUGGGCAAUUCUGGAACAAAUAGUUGGUGCACCAUUAAUAGACAUGGAAAAUCCAUUAACCCUGGAGCGACUUACUCAGAUCAGUGCUUUUGAAUAUACUCAGGAGAUUCAGGAUGUUUCUGGACAAGCUUCAGGAGAAGCUUCUCUGGAGAUUAUUCUCAAAAAGGUGGAAGAUGCCUGGAAAACAACAGAAUUCAUUGUAAUUCCUCAUCGUGAUUCAAAAGAUGUUUUCAUCCUUGGUGGCACAGAUGACAUCCAGGUCAUUCUAGAUGAUAGUACUAUUAAUAUAGCAACGAUUGCCUCUUCACGGUACGUAGGCCCUCUCAAGCCACGAGUUGAUGAAUGGCAGAAACAGCUGUCUUUAUUCAGUCAGACAUUGGAGGAAUGGCUGACAUGUCAGAGGAAUUGGCUCUAUUUAGAAAGCAUUUUCAGUGCUCCUGAUAUUCAAAGACAGUUGCCUGCAGAAGCCAAAAUGUUCUUGCAAGUAGAUAAGUCUUGGAAGGAAGUUAUGAGAAAAAUAAAUCGACUGCCAAAUGCCCUCCGUGCCGCUACUCAGCCUGGCCUUUUGGAGACCUUUCAGAAUAAUAAUGCUCUUCUUGAUCAGAUUCAGAAAUGUCUGGAGGCCUAUUUGGAAUCCAAGAGAGUCAUUUUCCCAAGAUUCUACUUUUUAUCGAAUGAUGAGCUCUUGGAAAUAUUGGCCCAAACCCGCAAUCCUCAAGCAGUUCAGCCUCAUUUAAGGAAAUGUUUUGAUUCUAUUUCUAAACUGGAGUUUGCCUACAUGGCACCAGCUGAAGGAGAAGAAAAAGUUCUCACUAAUGAUAUUCUAGCAAUGCUGUCCCCCGAAGGUGAAAGGGUUGGCCUGGGAAAAGGACUUAAGGCCAGAGGAAAUGUUGAAGACUGGCUUGGUAAAGUUGAAGAAGCAAUGUUUACUUCCCUUAGACGAUUGAGCAAAGCUGCCAUUGCAGAUUAUCAAACCAGAGAAAGAACAGAGUGGGUUAUCGCUGGACAUCCUUCUCAGGUUGUGCUGACCAUUUCUCAGCUCAUGUGGUGUCGUGAUCUCACUCAGUGUUUAGAAGGAGAAGAACAUGAUCAUUUGGUAGCUCUGGAAGAGUUUGAAAAUGAGAAUUUUGAUAGACUAAACUCAUUGGCUUCACUAGUCCGCGGCAACCUUCCCAAAAUUCACAGAAAUAUCAUAACCGCACUCAUUACUAUUGACGUACAUGCAAGAGACAUUGUUACAGAACUUGUACAACAACAGGUGGAUUCUGUGGACAAUUUUGACUGGCAAAGACAACUGCGCUACUAUUGGGACCUCGAUUUAGAUAACUGCGUGGCAAGGAUGGCUUUAUCUCAAUAUACCUAUGCCUAUGAAUACUUGGGUGCAUGUCCAAGAUUAGUGAUAACGCCACUCACGGAUCGUUGCUAUCUUUGCCUGAUGGGAGCCCUGCAACUUGACCUCGGGGGUGCCCCAGCUGGACCUGCUGGUACUGGAAAAACAGAGACUACAAAAGAUCUUGCAAAAGCACUUGCCAUCCAAUGUGUGGUGUUCAACUGUUCAGAUGGCUUGGAUUACAAGAUGAUGGGGCGCUUCUUCAGUGGUUUGGCACAGUCUGGAGCCUGGUGCUGCUUUGAUGAAUUCAAUCGAAUUGAUAUUGAAGUUCUGUCUGUUAUUGCCCAACAACUGAUUACAAUAAGGAAUGCUAAAGCAGCAAAGGUCACUCGGUUUAUGUUUGAAGGACGCGAAAUCAAAUUAAUUAUGACUUGUGCGGCUUUCAUUACUAUGAAUCCUGGCUAUGCUGGACGAACAGAAUUACCUGACAAUCUAAAAGCACUCUUCAGGCCAUUUUCUAUGAUGGUUCCAAACUAUGCUUUGAUUGCAGAGGUUAUUCUGUAUUCUGAGGGAUUUGAAUCAAGUAAAAUACUUGCAAGGAAGAUGACCCAGAUGUAUAAACUCUGUAGUGAACAGCUUUCCCAACAAGACCAUUAUGAUUUUGGAAUGAGAGCUGUCAAAUCUGUGUUGGUCAUGGCAGGAUCACUAAAGAGAGAGCAUCCAAACCUGAAUGAAGAUGUUGUUUUAAUAAGAGCAUUACGAGAUUCGAAUCUCCCAAAAUUUCUUGCAGAUGAUGCUCUUUUGUUCAGUGGAAUUAUAUCUGACCUUUUUCCUGGAGUCAUAAUCCCAGAACAUAAUUAUGGAGUGCUGCAGUCGACAAUAGUAGAUACCAUUCUUUCCAAAGGAUUGCAGACCGAAGAUACCAUGAUUCGUAAAGUGAUACAGCUGUACGAAACUAUGCUGGUAAGGCAUGGGGUCAUGCUUGUUGGACCAACAGGAGGUGGAAAAACUACAGUGUAUCAAAUUUUAGCAGAUACACUUGGAACUUUAUAUAAAGCAGGUGAGGAAUAUCACUUUUUCCAGCCAGUUAAAACAUAUGUUCUGAAUCCUAAAUCAAUAACUAUGGGUGAGCUAUAUGGUGAAGUUAACAAUUUAACCCUGGAAUGGAAAGAUGGCUUAAUGGCACUUAGUGUGCGAGCUGCUGUAGUGGACACCUCUGAAGAUCAUAAAUGGAUCAUCAGUGAUGGACCUGUGGAUGCACUAUGGAUCGAAAAUCUGAACACAGUUCUAGAUGACAACAAGAUGCUUUGUUUGGCUAACAGUGAAAGAAUCAAACUGACACCAUCCAUCCAUAUGAUGUUUGAGGUAGAAGACUUGAGAGUUGCUUCUCCUGCCACAGUAAGCCGAUGUGGAAUGGUAUACAUUGACCCAGAUGAAUUGAAGUGGAUGCCCUAUGUCAAAACAUGGAUGGCAGGCCUUGAAGAAAAACUCAACGAAGAAACAAGAACAUAUUUGUUUGAACUCUUUUCGCGUUAUGUUGAAGACGGUCUAAAAUAUGUUCACAAAAAGUGUUCCCAAGCCGUAUCACAAGUGGACAUCAGUAAAGUUGUUGCUCUUUGCUGUUUACUGGAGUCAUUACUUCUUGGAAAGGCAGGACCCAGUAUGAACUUGGAACAAUCACGGUUAAAUUCUCUUGUGUGCCAGACAUUUGUCUUCUGUUAUUUGUGGUCUGUGGGUGGAAAUAUAACGGAGAACUGUUGGGAUGCUUUUGAUACAUUUGUAAGACAGCAAUUUGAAGAUAAUCCUGAUGCCAAGCUCCCAACUUCUGGCGAUUUGUGGAGUGUUUACAUUGAUUACGAUACAAAACGCUUGGAUCCUUGGGAACGAAUUAUACCAACGUUUAAAUACAAAAGGACAGUACCAUUUUUUGAAAUGCUUGUUCCUACCACGGACACUGUACGCUAUGGCUUUCUAAUGGAAAAAUUACUAGCUGUCAAACAUUCCGUGCUAUUCACAGGAAUUACUGGAGUUGGCAAAUCUGUAGUUGCAAGAUCACUUCUUAACAAAAUACAAGAAGAAGCCGGCUAUGUUCCUGUUUACUUAAAUUUCUCUGCUCAGACUUCUUCAGCCAGGACACAAGAGAUUAUUGAAUCAAAAUUAGAAAAAAAAAGAAAAAAUAUUUUAGGAGCACCAGGGAAAAAAAGAGUUGUCAUUUUUGUGGAUGAUCUAAACAUGCCGAAACUGGAUCGUUAUGGCUCACAGCCCCCUAUUGAGCUACUUAGACAGUACCAAGACUUUGGAGGAUUCUAUGACCGAGAAAAACUGUUUUGGAAGGAAAUCCAUGACGUAACUAUUUGUUCAGCUUGUGCACCUCCUGGUGGUGGACGUAAUCCAGUUACCCCACGUUUCAUAAGACAUUUUGCUAUGCUGUGCCUUCCAACACCCUCUGAACAUAGCCUUAAACAAAUUUUUCAGGCUAUUCUGAAAGGCUUCCUAGCUGAAUUUGCCCAAGCAGUAAAGCAGUGUGCAAGUAGUAUAGUGGAGGCAGCUGUUGAAAUAUAUCAAAGAAUGAGCAUUGAUCUGCUCCCAACACCAGCAAAAUCUCAUUAUGUGUUUAAUUUACGUGAUUUGUCAAAGUGUGUACAAGGCAUACUGCAGUGUGAUCCUGUGUCAGUUCGAGACCAGAAUCAGAUAUUUAGGCUAUUCUGUCAUGAGUGCCAAAGAAUUUUUCAUGACCGACUCAUCUGUAAUGAAGAUAAACAAUAUUUUUAUUCUAUGUUAAGUGACAUGGCCAGUAAAUAUUUUGGAGUUUCAACUGACCCAGAUUCAUUUGCAUCUAAACCUAUCUUAUUUGGAGAUUACAUUAAGGUUGGAGUAGAUAAAGCUGACCGAAUUUAUGAAGAGUUACCUGAAAUGGAAAAGAUUAUUGGAAUUUUACAAGACUAUCUAGAUGAUUAUAAUAUAACAAGCUCUAAAGAGGUCAAGCUGGUAUUUUUCCAAGAUGCAGUAGAGCAUGUUUCAAGAAUUGCUCGGAUGAUUCGUCAGGAAAGAGGAAAUUCCCUCCUUGUCGGUGUUGGAGGCACAGGGAAGCAGUCUCUGACUAGACUUGCCUCUCAUAUUUGUGGCUAUAAAUGCUUUCAAAUAGAACUAAGCCGUGGCUAUAAUUAUGACUCUUUUCAUGAAGACCUUAGGAAGCUAUACAAAAUGGCAGGGGUGGAAGACAAAGACAUGGUUUUUCUUUUCACAGACACCCAGGUAUGAAACAAUAUUGAAAUUCUUUUUGCAGAUAAAGCACUAUUAAUAUAAUGAAAUGCAAUGUGAUUUAG